ACGCAUGCGCAGUCGCGCGGACUGGUCCUGGGCAAGGACAUAAGGAGAGUGACAUUUGUGUAACGUUGACAAAAGAUUCGUAUUCUUUCUAAAUCGGACAGAAACGGUCGUGAGUCAGAUCUGGAGUCACUCCCGCGUCUCUGCACAGUGAGCUGACGCUCCGCAGCGCCGCGUCGGAUUCAGUCAGGACAGGGUAGUUUUGAGGGACAGCCGUUUCUCUGUGUAUGAGUGAGUGAUCCGAGGCAGCGGUGGAUGGGAGACUUCACGUUCACGUUCCUCUGAGUAGCUUGAGGAUGUCGUCCCACUGAGACUCCCUCGAGGUCACCUCAGCACCCUGACCUGAAUGGCUGUGUGCAGAGGGGGCGUCUCUCUUUGGGUGGGGUGUGUGAGGAACCAUGGCGGCAGGCAACCCAUGACGAAACGCUGCUGGAAUUUAUGUCAGAGCGCCGAAUUUCACUUGAAUGACAACUGUAGGACCCUGAGCAGUGGAUCGGGGGCCUUGACUCCUCCUAACAGUCUGCGUUACCUGUCCAUUAAGCAGCCAUCCCUGUCCCAUCCCUUCCACCACUCAUGCCAGCCGAACCGAGCAGCCAGCCCAGAGGAGGAGGAAUGGGAGGAGGCCAUCGGUUUGCCUGUCCUGCUCAGUCCCGGAGAGAACGAUGAGCAGCACACCGUGGUGGAAGUGCCCUUUCUCGGGCCGGCCAAACUCGGCGAGCUCCUUGCUUUGGUACCCAACAGACCCUUUGACUUGCUUUUUCCUUUAACCACCGUUGACGGGAGAAGAGAAGAUGACAUUAGCAUUAGCAGAAAGACAGGUACUGAGGAAAUCCAGCCGACGGAGAGGGGCUCUUUCAGGAGUCUGUUUGAGGCCGAGGGAUGCCCUGCGCCUUUUAUGUUGGGAUCUCGCUUCUUUUGCUUUCACUGCCCCGAGACGGAGUCCGUUUCGGAGACCGCACCCGAAGCAGGAAAGGGACGGGACGAGCAGAGCUUUUAUCCGGUCCUCAACGUCAUACAUUACAGCCAUGCUGAGACUGAGAGGGUGGACAAGAGCUCCAGCCAGAGAGACAUGAAGGAUGAAGAGAAGCUGGCCCUGAUGCAUGAAAAGCUGAGGGUGGAGCUUCCCAGUUUCUUUGUGAAACAUCAUGACUACAGCAUAUACUCUGAAGACGUUGAGUUCAUCAAUGGUCUUCUGAAUACCAAAACAAGGGGUCGUGUAGCGUACCAGCUGACUCUGACGCUUUGGCGAUUGAUGUGUCUGUGUUACUAUGCGGAGGCUCAGCUGGAAGUGCUGAAGCUGACCAAGCAUCCAGAAGAUGGCUCCAUCAAAGCUCGCUGGAGAGUCAAAGGCCUGCCCUUCCACUCCGUUCUGGUCUUCUUCUACAAGAAAGACAAGAGCCACCUCUACAGAACAUACGACGCAUUCUCCACCUUCUAUAUUGGCUCCGAUGGACGAAUACACCGGCAUAAAGUUGAAAAGGUUAUGGAGGCCAGUCCUCCCUUGCUGCCCAAAGUGACCUCCAUGCUGGCCGGGGCUCUGGUGGCUCUGGGCAUUCAGGAGCACCGUCCCGCUCUUAACCUGCUCCCGCUCCUGCUGUCCUCCCUCCGACAGACCCGAGCCUGAGCUGGACCAGAGCGUGGACACGUUUGGUCACACCAUUAAAAAACAAAAGACUGAAAAAGAUACGGCGCUGUAUUGUGUGGGUCGAGUGAAUGAGAUAUUGGUAACCAGUUUUGGGGGAGAAAAUCCGCAGGAACAAGAACAAACGAGUUAAAGCUGUCGUCACUUGAAACCAUCUUCCUCGCGCGCUCUGCAAUUUCCGUUUUUCGAGCCUCGCCAAACUGGUUUGGAUCGUAAACAGGUUUCAGAGACUAAUACACAAGGCCAUGACUUAACUAGGAGGAUAACUAACACACAGGUUUUGAUGAGCCGGUACGGUCCAGCUAAAUGCUAUCUGUAAGUACAUUCAGGCAGCUGGCUUUUAAACACAUGCCAGGUGAAAGGUGAAGAUGGUUCAUUCACAGUAAUCAAUCAGCAGAUGAAUUGGUCGUGAUAUUUAAGUCUUGGAUCAGUUCACAUUGUAAUAAUUAAUUAUUUUUUGUAUUUAUAUAUUAAUUGGAGUUUUCAUCAGUUGCAUUGGUUUGAAUGUUAUAGAGGAAGGUACAUGAAAACCAGGGGUUUCAUUUCACGUUUUUUGGUGACCUUUAAGGGAAAGUGAUGCCAGGGACUGCCUUUGAGCAUAGAGAGUUUAGUUUCCUGUCUGGACUUGUUCUUGUUUGCCCUUCCUUUCCAUGUUUGAAUUGUUUUCGAUGUGCAAGUCACAUGGUAGAAGUUAUCAGCCAUUAUGGCUCCCUGCAUCAACACAUUGCCAAAUCUGCUUUGGUCUUGCCAUGCCAUCCAUGUAAAUGAAGCACUCUUAUUUGAAAGACACGCGUGCUUUCAAAUUCUUUCCCAGUGAAGUAUACCUGCACGUGCAGAGCAAAGCGUGGGUUAUUUUUCUCCAGGUUAAUCGGUCAGUUUAUCUCUGUAAUGACUGUCAGUGCUUCUCCUCCCACAAUGACAGUUCAGCUGCUCUAGCAUCCUGCGGUAAAGACAUAGACCAAACACUUUAGUGGAUAUCGUGUGUCACAGAGUAGUCAGAACACAUCUCUCUCAAGUGCUCACGCUUUUAAAAUGGACAAUAAAAGCAUGAAACGCCGUCACUCCACAAUCUGUCCAAUUCCAAGCUGAAAGGUCAACCUGUUAAAGCAGAUCCAUAUAAAAAAAAAAAACAUGGCUGAGUAAUUGUUCUGGUGAUUAUUUCUGCGCUAAUUACCCAAAAACCUGUGUUAAAAUGUUAAUGUGUGACAAAUAAAUGCAUACUGACAUUGA